ACGCUUUGUUGGGAUCCCAGCUCUUACUCUUAGUCUUAUCAUAAGGCGUUUCAUCAUUAGAUGGGAUCCCAUCUAUAGAUACUUUUCCUCCGCCCGUUUGAAUUGGCCAAUACUAUUAUUGUUUAGAAAGAUUAAUGUCCAAUGUCUUUCACACCUUAUGUCAAUUUAUCAUGGGAGGAGUUGGGGAUAGCCACUAGUGCUGGCUCGAUAUACCGAUAAAUCGAUAUACCGAUAAAUCGAUUUGUUAUUGUUGCAUAUCGGUUCAAAGGGAAACAACUCCGUAAAUUUACUAUUAGUACGAAUAUUCGAAAAAUAUAGCUCGACAUAAAUUAAAACAAUAUCAAGACUGUUUGCAAUAUUUGUAAAGCAGAAGUAGCUAGUUCUCGCAGUACUUCAAGCUUGUCUAUCUAUCUAUCUACCUAACACUCCCAACUCCAGUGUUAAACACCGUUGACUAGCCCGUACAUCAAGGUAUGCUGUAGCGUCGGGAGGUAGAGUUAUAUGAUUUACCUGCUGACAGAUCGGUAUAAUUAUGAUUUUUUUUACUCGUUUUCAAAAUUAAUUUUAAUGACUGCAUUGAACCAUAAGUCAAUGACAAAGACAAUAGUUCAUUUUACCAGUACGGCAACGGAAUUGGCCUGGCAAUUUUCAUUAUUUGCAUGCUCAUUAGAUAAUAUUUUUUUAACUGUCGACAAAAAGAUGUCAAUUUAACCAUUUGGCAUGGUCAUGUAUAUAUGUUUAAGAAAAGGCUUGUUAGUUAAUACAUUCACAGUUAAAAUACCUUUUGUCUGUUAAUCAUUUGAUUCUAGAAGUAAUUUGUUGUUUUGUGUAACAUUACUACACUCUUUGUUGGUGAUUUUUGUUUACAUGUUUUAAGUUUUUCUGAAAUAAAAAGUGUUUUACUGUUUAUUCAGACAAUUUUGUACUAUAACUAUUGCUGUAUCGUAUCGACAAUACGUAUCGCGUAUCGCCACCUCCAUAUUGGAACACGUAUCGUAUCGAAAAAUUCUGAGCAAUACCCAGCCCUAAUAGCCAUGAACAUGAUUGCCAGCAUGGACCAACAUGGGAAGCAACUCGUUUAGACAUAUUUCGCUCUUGUGCAAAAUCAUGUACGAAAAUCUGGUUGUUUCCCUGCUAUUUUCUACGCGUCUAAACUAACUGAUGAUUGGCCAUGGGCAUUUAAACCCCACUAAUAAGGAUAGUUGAUACAAUAAAUUGGAAGAACAUCGACUCUUUUGGCACUUUCACAAACUUCUUCGAGAUUUUUUGUCCGAAUGAAAAAUUUCGAAGCGGUUAUGAAGGCUUAAAGUUUAAUGUUCCAAGCCAAAAACGUGAGUACAAUGUAGUUUGUUUCUUAAUAUUUGUUCUAUCGAUAUAAGUUGUGUUUUAUGAUACAUUUAUGCUGGUUAUGUAUGAAAAUGUGUCACAAAUGAAAGCAUGGUCCGACUUUCCGAGUGUUUACGGAAAUAGCCUACUACUUACAGACACGAACAUGAAUGUUUACACGGCAUUACAGACUAUUUAAAACAUGUAAAAAAUUAAAUUUUUGGCAAUGUAAACUACUUUACAAUACAAUUAAAUGUAUAUUUAGAUCAUUUAUGAUAUCUUUGAUGAUUUAUUUCGGUUACAGAAUAAUUUGUUGUUGAUUCUGUAAAAAUUACAUUGUCAAUCAUAAAAAACGAUAACAAAUAAGACUACAAUCUGUUUCACAUCAUGAUCUCUGUUGAAUAUCUUCUAUUAUUUAGAAUUAUUGAUUAUAUUUUAAGGUAACUGAUAUCUUUAUUAUGAAAUUAUUUUUUUACAGCUAGAAGUUACAUCAUCAGAUCUGUCUCUGGACAGCAUUACCCAGCCGUCAUAGCCACGAGUAGCACGAAAUGUGAUUGUUAUUCCUUAACUGACACAAUCUGAUUAAAAAAUAUAUAAAAAAAAUUGUAUCUUAAAGCCUGGAAUGAUAUGAAAAUGCAUCAAAUUGGUUGAUGAAUUGAUUUAAAAAAAAUCAUUGGUUUAUGUGGAUUGGAUGAUGCAUCAAGCGAAAUAUUCCCGACAUGCCUUCUAGCAAUCAGCAAGCCAUUAUGAUAGCAGAUCAGCAAGUCAUUCUAUGACAGACACGCUUUCUUGCUAUCGAUCAACUAGUACGAAAACAUAAGCUGUGAAUUGUCAGGCCAGAGUGCGAGUAUAUAUAAGCUUACAUAUACACAAUUGUAUUUUUAAUAUUGAUUACUGUCUUGAUAAGGCUCGUCUCUGCAGGAAUUUAGGCAUGUCGGUGGGAUUAACACGUGUCAGUUAUUAGCCUUGCUGCAAUGAAAGGACAUCUGCCCUGACAAGUAAUAAAGGCCUUGCGGAAUCCCAGAAUGUGGCCGGAGAGAUUACUUUACUUCAGACUUAAGUCAAAUGCAGUGGUCGAAAUUAACACAAGCCGGCAAGCCCUGCACUGGUAAAAUGUUUUUUCGGGCUUGCUCAAAUUCUGAAUUUUAUAUAGCAGGGCUUGUUUAAAAAGUUGACACCAAGCACUAGUAUAAGAAAUUGGGCUUGUUCAUCCAAAAGUCUAAUUUCAAUGACUGCAAAUGACUAAAAUGGUUUAUGAAUAUCAACCCAGAGCUCCAGAUUAUCUGGCAGAUACAGUGUGUCUGUUCCUAAGUUGCAUUAAAAACAUUCAUCGUCAGAUACUCCCGAUACACCACUGGUCUUAUAUGCUUCAUUUUGAACAAUGGAUGAUUUGGUGAAGAAAAUCCUAUUAUAAUGAGUGAUAAAUGAGUAACUUUCAUGCCAGCACAACAUUGGUUUUUGAAUGUCCAAUGUCAUGCCAGCACAACGUUCAUGCGUGAAUGUCCAAUGUCCAAUGUUGUGCCAGCACAACAUUCGUUUUUGAAUGUCCAAUGUCGUGCCAGCACAACAUUCAUGCUUGAAUGUCCAAUGUUGUGCCAGCACUACAUUCAUUUUUUAAUGUCCAACAUUGUGCUAGCACGACUUUCAAUUUUGAAUGUCAAAUGUCGUGCUAGCCCGACUUUCAUUGUUGAAUGUCCAAUGUUGUGCCAGCCCGACUUUCAUUGUUGAAUGUCCAAUGUCGUGCUAGCCCGACAUUCAUUAUUGAAUGUCCAAUGUCGUGCCAGCAUGACAUUCAUUUUUGAAUGUCCAAUGUCGUGCUAGCACAACUAUCAUUUCUGAAUGUCCAAUGUCCAAUGUUGUAUGUUUAGCUAACUUUACACAGCUUAUAAUAUAAUUGAUUUUUUUAAUGAUUCUAAAGGACCUCUUGGAAUACGUUACAAAAAUUCAGUGGCAAAACAACUAUUUUUAAGAGAAAGCCGAAAUACUUGAAAUAAAUAAAAAAAUCCCAGUUUUCAUCAUCAUCAGAUCAUUUUCGCCGAAACAUCAAAAAUAAACCCGCUAGAUUAUAAGAUAGUAGUAUUUUCUAUUCAAUUUUAAGGAUUGUAGAUUGAUUAAUUAGGAAAUUUAUUCAUUUUAGCAAAUUAUUUAGCAUGGGUCUACCUCAGACAUGAAAACUCAACAAGAGUUAUUAUUUGAUACUUGUUGGUGAAAUGUUUUUAUUUGGUAAAUACUCUAAUUAAUGCAUUUGUAGAAAUACUCUUUGAAAAAUAAAAAUCACAUACUCUUUGGAAAUCGUCUGAUGUGAAUAUAUCUUUUGACCCAAAAUCUCAUCUGGAGCUCAACUAAAAUUAUGUUUUACCUAAUGUGACCAUGGGUUCCCAUUACUUCCAAAGAUUAUGAUUCUCUCAUCACACUUGGAAUCCCAAAGAAAUAAUGGAAUUCCAAAGAAAUAAGAUAAUGACAGGGUCUUAUUUUAAAUACACUCAUGCAUUUCUUUUUCUCCUAUAUAUAUCUGAACUGAUUGUUAUUCAACAUAAAAUAAGUUUAUUAUUGAAUUUAUUACAAAAUAUUAUUUGGUAAAAUCAGACACUCAAAAUUAAUUGUUCAAAUUAUUUCCGGAUACUACCGACAGUCAUACAAAUGAUCAUUUUGCAAUAAUUAAAACAGAAAAUGGGAUAUUUUCUAGAUUAUUAAUAGUGUUAUCGUCCAAUCAUCUUGUCAUGUUUAGACAUUGGGUUUGUCCCUGUAAUAUUAUUAUAGGUUAUAAUAAGUUUUCCUGCAUAUAGCUAAGGCUUAUUCUGUGGACCACUAGUGUAAGAAUUCAGGCUAAGUUCAUCAAAAAGUCUUAUUUGGGUGACUGAUAUCAUUUUGAAGCAGGACGGAAAGCUGAUAUGAGCAUAGGCGGCUAUCCGGCUGAAUUGUUUGGCGAAGGCUUAGUAGAUGAGAAAUACUUUUGUAUUAUUUGCAAGAAAGUACUUAGAGAGCCAACUCAGGCCUACUGUGGGGACAGGUUUUGUAGGUCAUGUCAAAGGACUCUUUUUCCAGAUGGGGUUACAGCAGUGGAAUGUCCGCGUCCUGAGUGUAUGGAUGAAGAUAAUCCCUCACAGAGAACCAUUAUCAAAGAUGCAGAGAUUUUCCCUGAUAAUGCCAUAAGAAGGGAGCUUUUCCGCCUACAUGUACAGUGUAUAAAUGUGGGUUGUGAAUGGAAGGGAAAAUAUAGGGAAUUUGAGACUCAUUUUCCAGUGUGUGAAUUCCGAUUGGAAGCGUGUUCCCAUUGUAAUCAGCCAGUUCGAGUUUUAGAAAUGCAGGUGCAUGUGCAACAAUUUUGCCCAGAAGUGUUUGUGAAGUGUCCGGACUGUGGGGAAGAUAUAAAGAGAGUAUUGUUUGGGGAUCAUCAGAGAAGCCACUCAAAUAUCCAGUGUCCAGCCUGUCCACCAGGAUCUAAUCCGAUCAGCAAAGAAGAGUUUCAGGCUCACUUUAAUGAUUGUCAACACAGCGGGUAUGUUUUUGCACAGUUACAGCGUCUUGAACAACAUGUUGGUAGUACUGAACAAGACCUUGGUGAGACGAAACGUCAGUUAACCGAUAAGUUUACAGAAAUCGAGGCAAAUAUAAGACAGGUUGCUGCAAAUGCACCUCCAAACUCUGGAUUUUCCGGUAGCUUACCACCAGAUUUAAACCUCGACCAAAAGAUUCGCCAACUUUUUGAACAGAUGGCGGUCAGUCUGAACGAAAGAGUGGACACAAAAACUGGAACCUUUGAAGGUAUUGCUAACACCCUUCACCGAGAGUUGGAGAAGUCGAUAACUGCUAUUGAAAAGCUUGAUAGACAUCGGCGUCUUGAAUCUGAAAAGGCAGAAGCAAGUCAGCAGAAGAUAAAGUCUCUUGAAAGAACGAUUGCUGCAAAGGACGCUAAAAUUUCAGAACUUGAAAUGAAGCUGAAGGAUGUGGAGGUUUCUUGCUACGACGGAAUGUUUAUUUGGAAAGUCUCAGAUUUUUCGCAGAAACAGCAAGAUGCGAUUCAAGGGAGAAGCAUCAGUAUCUACUCAAACCCUUUUUAUACGCGGAAGUUUGGCUAUAAGAUGUGCGGUCGUCUUUACCCAAAUGGAGAUGGCAUGGGAAAAGGCUCGCACAUGUCGGUUUUCUUUGUCAUUAUGAGAGGGGAAUACGAUGCCUUGCAGCCUUGGCCAUUCAAGCAUCGCGUAACAUUCUGUCUUUUAAACCAGGAGGGUGGCAAUGCGACUGUUGAUUCAUUCAGACCCGAUACAACAAGCUCCUCUUUCAAGAGACCCACAACAAACAUGAACAUUGCCUCUGGAUGUCCGCUUUUCAUAAGACUUGACACUCUUACAAACCCAACCAACGGGUUCUUGAAGGAUGAUACCUUGUUCUUGAAAAUGAUAGUCGACAUUUCUGAUUUUAAGGAGGCAUAAUCAGUCGUUGUAAAAACCUGUAUUCAUUUGGUAAUUAUGCUUGAAUGUUCAAUUUUAAACUCGGAAGGACAUGUUACAUAGUCUUCUUGCAAUGUACACUACAUUUAUUUUUGAACUGAGUUGGAAUGGGUUGUUUCUUAAUGGGACUUCUCAUGUUUUGGCACCAUUUUUUCCGGGAAAUUCAUAGUUUGAUCUUGGUCAAUGUUAACUAGAGCGCUCUGUACGAACACUACAUUUACGGCUCUUUUUGGUUAAAGACCGAAAUGUAUACCCAAAAGGAGAUACACAAUUCAGGUCGGAUCGGUCGGGAAACCGGUAUCAAAUACUUAAUUUUGUUACGCCAAUAUUAAUAAAGCGGAACUGUUGGUCAAAGCAACAAUUUAAGACUGUAUGUGUGUCCGUUCUUAUUUGCGUGUGUAUGUUACACAUUUUCGCAGCACUAACAUAAAGCUAUAAUCGGAUUAUUUCAUUUAAAUUACGUAUAAUUGUAAAGAGCAAUCAGAAAGGGUGUCGCGCGUGAAAUUACCUCCCUUGCCGGAAGUAAGCCAAACGUAGCAUUGCGCAUGUGAUUAUGUAUUGACUUCCGUUAAAACCAUUCUUUUUUUUGGCGACCAAGAUCGUUUGUGCUUUUGAUAAUUAUAUGAUCAGGUGCCUCGUUGAACAGUUAAUAAUAGUUAGUCGGCACGGUCACGAAGACGGUGAAAUAUCGGACGGAAGUGUUUUGAUAGAGGAACUUUCUUCGCCCACUCGAGAGCCACACCGGCAAAACAAGUCGGUUUUUUUUUUUGAAGAUAAUUGGAUCACAAAAUGCUCGCCUCUCGAGUUUCAACUCGAGUUGAUCCUGUCACGAAUACAAGAAAGAUAUUCUUCGGCACGUUUCUAGAAGAAAAGGUUCCCUUGACAAGAGAGAUUAACAUUUGUCAGACAUUUAUAUAUUAUUUUUUUCUUUUCUUUUGAUUUUUUUUUCACAUUUUAUGUAUGGACACUAUGGUAAACUAGCUAUUAGCUAUUGCAAUUACAGAAAGAGGUUUUACAGAACGGGUUGAGAUGUAUUCACCCAAAUUAACGUUGAAGCUGAAAAAUACCUCCAGGUUCCUGCUCUUCGUUUCAUCUUUUAUUCCCUGAAAAUAUGAAUUAUAUAUCUUUAUUCCUUCUUAUAUUUUAAAACACAAUUAAUAAUGGUUUGAAAAAAAUAAAUAGUUGAAAUGA